AUGGCAGAAGAAGCUCCAGCAGCUGCACCGGCUAAAGCUCCGGCUAAAGCCCCGAAGAAGAAGGCUGCCAGGCCCAAGAAGGACGGACUCAGCCUCCCGAAGCUCAUCGUAGUUGCUGUGGCUAAGUCUAAGGAGCGGAAGGGGAUCUCACUAGCUACGAUCAAGAAGGUUCUGGGGUCCAAAAAUAUCGACAUGACCAAGGCAAACAAACGCAUCAACACCGCCAUCACCAAGCUGGUGACUAAGGGGGUUCCGAGCCAGCCUAAGGGCACCGGAGCCUCCGGCUCCUUCAGGCUCUCCAAGAAGGAGCCCAAAGCCUCCAAACUGGUCAAGAAGGUCAGCAAGAAGAAGGCUCCCGUCAAAGCCAAGAAACCCACUGUAGCUAAAGCUAAGAAACCUGUGACGGCCAAGAAGGCAGCAGCUAAGAAGACAUCGGUCAAGAAAUCCCUGAAGAAGGCAGCGCCCAAGAAAGCUGUCAAGAAGACACCAAAGAAGAGCCCCAAGAAGCCUGCAGCCAAGAAGCCCAAAGCUGCAGCCAAGAAGCCCGCAGCAAAGAAAAGUGCAGCCAAGAAGCCCAAAGCUAAGAAAGCUGUCAAGAAGUGA